AUGGCAGCUAUUGUUAUGGGUCAUGUGGAAUAUACUGAUACUAACGGUUUUAUAAUGCAGAAUGGAGGUGUUGUACCGCCGUCACUUCUCCAGGAAAGCCGUGUCCCACAUUUUUACAAGGAAGCUAUUGCUAAAUGCGGUGCUCCAAGUCAGUCGCAGUUACCUAACACCGCACUUGUUUAUAAUUUGAUGGUUACAUCAUGUCUACCACGUGCAAUACUUGGUAAUAUAUGGUCGUUGGUGAAUCGAACUAUGCCCGGUCAACUAACUCGACAAGAAUUUUUCUCAUGCUUAGCAUUAAUUGCAUUAAUACAAAAGGGCCAACCAUUGUCGGCUUUGUCAACAAUGUCUACGCUUCCAAUUCCACACUUGCAAGCGUGCGCACCAUUUACACAACACUUACCUGGUAGAGAUAUUUUUCAACAGCAAGAGCGUUGUCAAACUUUACAAAAAACUCCUCAUUCCUCAGGAGUAACAGUAAACCUACAAGCAAUAGCAUCAACAUCAAAUGCAAUAUCACUUCUAGCCGAUAUCGAUUUUUCCAAGCCAGUUAGUAAUUCAACGACUUUUGCUCAACCAACGGCAAUAUCCGUUACACAGAUUCAUGCUUCACAAUCGUAUCCUUCAAUAAGCACCGUUAAUACGUCACACAUGGAUAGUACUGCUCUGGGAACUCAAUCUUCAAUUGCUCCUGUUUCAAAUCAGGCUUUCGAUGUUACGACUGAUUUGGAUAAUCAAGUUCUUCCAAAAAAUUCACAUCAAUCAGCAAACAGUAUUUUGCAAAAUUCCGCACUAUCGGAUGGAAUUUUGGAUGUUAUUCCUAGUAUAAUGAAACCAAAUUCACAAAAUCUGCUUCCGGAGACGAUUUCUAAUAAUAUUAGCACUUCGACAAGUGUUGAUACGGAUAAAACUGCAGGAAUGUUAGAAUCAGUAAGAAGCUCAGAUAUUUAUGCGAGCAUGAAGUUGAUAACUGAUGAAAGCAAAGACGGAGAAGAAGAAUGUCUUUAUGUUUGGCGGCGUUGUAUUGAAGAAGCAUAUAAAUUGUUAAGUGAUGCUGAUUCAUUACUACCUUCUUCGGCAGCGGCACAUAUUGCAGCAAUCGUUCAUACUGAUCGUGGUGCGAGGUACUUCAAUGCACUUUAUGAAAUCCAUGAAAUGACACUUAGAAUACGGAAAGGAAGGAUAGAUAAAUUGGUUAAGCAGAAAGAGCUGUUUGAUAAAAUUGACGAAAUAUGGACGCGUCUGAAAUAUUUCACAGAGGGAAGUAUUGCUAGUGAAGAUACAGAUCAUUUGGGAGAAACAGUUAACAAAAUUGUUCCGUCAUUAUGUGGUAUUUGUUUAUUACGCGUUUCCACAAAUUCGAUGCUUGAAUUUACUGGUACUAUAUAUCAUAAGCAGUGUGCUAAUUUAUGGAUUAAUCGAGUCGAUUCGUUUCUGCCUAAAUUGAAAAAAUAUUGA